ACGCAAACCAAUCACAUCCAAGUUACAUCCUUAGGCUGACUGGCGAGCCAGUUAUACCGGUAAUUUUCACAAGUCUCUGUUUUAGUCGUGUUUUGCGAAACCCUCCUCAAAAUGAGCGAUGGAACCAGGAAAGCAGUCGUCAAAAAUGCAGAUAUGUCCGAGGAAAUGCAAAGCGAUGCAAUAGAAAUAGCAACCCAUGCGUUCGAAAAAUAUAACGUCGAGAAAGAUAUUGCUGCAUAUAUUAAGAAGGAAUUCGACAAAAAGUAUAAUCCAACGUGGCAUUGUGUUGUUGGGAGAAACUAUGGAAGCUACGUUACACAUGAAACAAAACAUUUUAUUUACUUCUACGCUGGACAAGUUGCUAUCCUUUUGUUCAAAUCUGGUUAAAAUGAACUACAUCCUAACAUUAUAUCUAUAAAGUUUUUGUUCAAUAACAGUUGUUUGACAGUAAGCCAAACUGUUCAUGGUUUUGUAAAAGUUCAUUGAGCGUGCAUGCGUCCUCGAAAAAAUAGCGAAAAGUACGUAUCAGGUCUAGCA